AUGUUUGACAAUUCGCAGUAUCCUUACAACUGUUUUAAUUAUGAUGGAGAUGGUUACCCGUCAUGUGGCACUGAUGAAGAGAAGAAAGUGUGCCGACCAGCAUACAGUUAUAUUGCACUGAUAGCCAUGGCCAUACAGCAGAGCCCGGAGAACAAAGUUACUCUAUCCGGGAUCUAUGAAUUCAUCAUGAAAAGAUUCCCUUAUUACAGAUCCAAUCAGAGGGCUUGGCAAAACUCCAUCCGACAUAAUCUCUCCCUCAAUAGCUGCUUUAUAAAGGUGCCUCGCACCGAGGGAAACGAGAAAGGAAAAGGUAACUACUGGACGUUCGCCGCGGGCUGCGAGUCCAUGCUGGACCUCUUUGAAAACGGCAACUUUCGUCGUCGCCGUCGCCGCAGGCGUAACAUAAAGAUGGGAUUCCGGGAGUCGUCGGAGCCCUUCGGCCCUAUGGACCCUGAGCAGAAUGCACCGGUACGGCCGCUGGAGCCCGACUCGUUCUGCCCCGAGACGGCGAGCCACAGAGGCGACCAGGGGGGCCACACGCUCGGCAAGCCCGAGCCGGAGAUCAAGUUCAGCAUCGACUACAUCCUGUCCACGGCAGACCCCUCGCCGGGGUUCAGACCACCGCACUGCGGAUCUUCGGGGGCUGUGAUCCACCACCUGGAACCGCAGCAUAUCAACCUGCACUUCUGGACCCUCUAA